CCACACACCCACCAGAACUGCUAAAGGAGCCAGCUGAGCAUUUGGAGUGAUAGCCUUGCCUUGGGGAACUUAGUACAGCCUGGGGCGCUCAGAGGGGGAUUUCCCCCUUACUGGAACUGGUUAGAGAGUCUUCACCCCUAUCAUUUCUUUCCCCAGUGAGGUUUCUUAAAGGGACCAUGCAACUUUUCCAGUCCUCCCUAGAACUGCCUCUGGAGUUACACUUUGGGGGAUGUGAAAUCUUUUCUGCCUGUUUGUCUUAGAAGCAACAAUUCCUCUGCUCCCUCAGAGUGAUUCUUGAGUGAGCGUUGGGGGUCCUCUCUGCCUGUCAUUUACGGACAGACACACACUACCUACACCUUGGUUUUCUGGACUUCAGACCCGGGCAAGAGCAUGUUCAUACCACAUUGGAGCUGCAUCCUAAGUGUGAAGGGACAGCCCUGAACCAGGACUGGAAAGGGGCUGGGGGGUUGAGCCCUGGGGCUCCCCCCCAAGCUCGAGCUGGAGGGCGGAGAGGAAGCCGGGGGCUACGAUGAGAUGAGUGGAGGUCGCUUUGACUUUGAUGAUGGUGGUGCAUACUGUGGGGGCUGGCAAGAUGGCAAGGCCCAUGGGCAUGGGCUCUGCACGGGACCCAAGGGACAGGGCGAGUAUUCUGGUUCCUGGAACUUUGGCUUUGAAGUGGUGGGCAUCUAUACCUGGCCCAGCGGCAACACCUAUGAGGGUUACUGGUGCCAAGGCAAGAGGCAUGGCCUGGGGAUAGAGACCAAGGGGCGCUGGCUGUACAAGGGUGAGUGGACUCACGGCUUCAAGGGCCGCUAUGGUACCCGACAGAGCUCAAGCAGUGGAGCCAAGUAUGAGGGCACUUGGAAUAACGGACUUCAGGAUGGCUAUGGCACUGAGACCUAUGCAGAUGGAGGAACAUAUCAAGGCCAGUUUACUAAUGGCAUGCGCCAUGGUUAUGGCAUCCGGCAGAGCGUCCCAUAUGGCAUGGCAGUGGUAGUCCGUUCACCACUCCGAACAUCCCUCUCUUCCCUACGAAGUGAACACAGCAAUGGAACCCUGGCCCAGCAGGAUGCUCCCUCCACCCCCAUGGAUGGCACCACUGUGGCUACCCCCACCAUCUCUCGUGGUGGCUUUGCCCUCAGCCUCUAUGCCAAUGCAGAGGCUGCUGCCAAGCUCCCUCGGGGCAGUGGUGGUUUCUUCCAGAGAGGUUCCCUACUGGGGAAACUGAGGCGCUCAGAGUCACGGAACUCUCUGGCCAGCCAGAAGAGCCGGGUCAGCUUCCUGAAGAGUGACCUGAGUUCAGCAGCCAGUGAUGCAGCCUCCACUACCAGCCUGGGAGAAGGGGCUGAGGCAGAGGACUUUGCCCCAUUUGAGUCUGACAUUGAUGCUACCACCACAGAGACCUACAUGGGUGAGUGGAAAAAUGACAAGCGGUCAGGCUUUGGGGUCAGCGAGCGUUCCAGUGGGCUGAAGUAUGAGGGUGAGUGGCUGGACAACCUGAGGCAUGGCUACGGCUGUACCACCCUGCCUGAUGGCAAGAAGGAGGAAGGGAAGUACAGGCACAAUGUGCUGGUCAAGGGCAUGAAGAAACGUGUUCUCGCUCUCAAGAGCACCAAAAUCCGGCAGAAGGUGGACCAUAGUGUGGAGGGGGCUCAGCGGGCAGCGGCCAUUGCCCGCCAGAAGUCAGAGAUUGCAGCCUCCAGGACAAGUCAUGCCAAGGCCAAGGCGGAUGGAGCAGAGCAGGCCGCACUGGCGGCCAACAACGAGUCCAGCGUUGCACGGACCCUGGCCAGGGAGCUGUCUCCGGACUUCUACCAGCCAGGCCCUGAGUACCAGAAACGGAGGUUGCUCCAGGAGAUCAUAGAGAAUGCUGAAAGUGUUAUGGAGAAUGUAGGCCGUGGAGAGGCCCCAGGCAUCCAGGAGCCCCCUCCAGAGAGCCCCCAGUUGCAUGAACGGGAGGCCUCCCUCCAAGGGGGUGGCACCCCAGCCCGCACCCCAUCACCCUACCUUGCAGGGACACCCCCUGAGGCGAAGCGGCCUAGGCCUGGAACACAGAAGGAUGGCUUCCUGAGUCCGGGAGAAUGGAACGGGGAGCAGAGUCGAGAAGGCAGCCGUCCAGCGACCCCAUCAGAUGUCGGUGCUAGGGAGAAAAGCAGCAGGAGCCCCACAAGAACCCCUACUGACCACAUAGAGAUCCAGCCCCUGCAGCCACCACCCCCACAUCCUACUAGGGAGCCAGAAGUAGCACACUACCAGGGGUACCACAGCUAUGCUGUCCGCACAUCACCCCCUGUCCCACCACCUUUCGAUGAGGAAGAGGCAGACAGUGCUUCCCCCACCACACCUGCGACGCCCCCAGCCACUCCAGUGUUCAAGCCGGGCACCCAGCCUGACACAGAGGCCCUCCCAAGGGCCACCACACCCCCCAAGCCAGAGCUGAAAGCCAGGGCCCCCAAAACAGAGCCAAAGCAUCCACCCUCCCCCAUCAAGGCAGAUACCACAAGCCACACCAAGCCCACCAGAAAACCAGAGGCCCGAGGCUCAUCCAAGGGUGGGGCAAAAAAGAAGGGACGUCGAGAAGUAGCGGCUGCAGCAGCCUUGGAAGCCGAGAUGGAAUUGGAGGAGGCUCCCAACACUGUCCUUAUCUGCAUGGUGAUUCUGCUGAACAUCGGCUUGGCCAUCCUCUUUGUGCAUUUUCUGACCUGAUGUGGCCUUGGCUCAGGAGUUCCCACCCAUGCAAAUGUUGGAUCUUUGCAAUGACUGGAUGCAACCGCAGCUGUGGAGAGAUGCCGAGGGCGAGACACUGGACCCAGGAACUGGCCACAGGCUUUCCAGCUCUGGCAGCCCUAGACCUGAAAGAAAACUGCCCUGUGUUCUGUUUAGCUUCCCUGAUCCCAAUCUGGCUUGGUCCCUCCCACUCUGGGGUGAGGAGGGGCCCUCCCUCUCCAAGCCCUCUAUGAACCUGAGGGUGGCAUCACCCACAUGAGUGUUUGUGGCUGCACCUGCAUGUAUACCCAGAGAAGGGGACCAGCAAACCCCCCACUCUUCCCGCUUGUCUGGCUCAGGUGCAAUGGAAUGACUCUUCCCACCUCCUAACCCCAAACCUUACUUUUCCAAGGCAGAGGGUUUGGUUCCACUCUCCUAGGCUGCUGCUAGCCAGCCCAGGCUCUCUUCAAGGAUCCAUCUAGAAAGUCAAGGAGCUGGGUAAGGGCUCUCUGACUCCAGUGGCCAGAGGCAGCUGGAAAGGAGGGUGGCAUGGGGUGAGCAGAAGCAGAGAGGCCCUCACUCUCCCUCUCAGCAGGUAGAUAUCUGGGGCAAGGAGGGGAAAGCUGCCUUGGCUCCGGCUUGCCUCUCUCCCCUUUCUGCUUCUGGGCUGACACUGCAGAGCGAGAUGACAGCUUAGACCCAGCCUACGUGCACUACCCACAAAGAAAGGGACAGGAACAAAUCCAUCCACUCCAGCUGCCUGAGGCCCAAGGCCAUGGGGAAACCACUCUGAGCGAUGGUGCCCAUCCUGGCCCCAUGGGCUCAGACAAAAGACCACAGCGAAGGACCUAGAAGGCCACAUGUAGUCCCAAGGUCACAGGUUACCCACCCACUGUGGCAGAAGCAGGCCAGGCAGCCCAAGGAGUUUUGUCGGGAUGCAAGGCUGGGUGCUUGGAGAUCACUGUCUGUUUCUUGGAGUGCUUGAACAUGACGUUUGGCUUGGCUGGUAUAAAGAUGGCACUUGCAUGCGCCUACAUUUAAAAGCAUUUCUGUCAGUGGUGGGUCUCCCAGCGUGUGCUCUUCUGCUGUGGAGAGGUGAGCUGGGGGGGGCAUCCUGAGGGGAAGGGACUCAGAUCAGUGCCAGUGUCCUGGCCUACGAUGAAGCAGGUGAGGAACAGAACUAGGAGCAGAUGUGCACGUUAUAGGAGCCCAAGUUAAGAAAGUGACAUGCCUGAUUUCUUUCUUGACUUUUUCCCUCUUUGAUAUCUGGUUUUUGGACAGCUUUCUAAGCUCCUCAGUUGGUCCCAUGUGAGGAAUACUGCCUCCCAGCCCUUGCCAUAAAGAGGCACUAUAGGGAAGGCCUUGGGUGAAAUGUACCGCUCCUCCUCUCCUUCCCCUUCUCCCCGAACCUCUUCCGGCCUCCGUCCUGUGCUUGCCCGAAGCCUCCGAGAUUGGGACAGAGAUGGGCAUAGAGGUGAAGGUGGAGGUGAGGAACGCUGUGCUUUCUCUGUAAUCUCUUUUCUCUCUUUCUCUCAAUACUCCUGAGCCUUGUUUCUGGACCUUGAGAUCUUGAGGACGUUUGUCAACUUUGCUAAGGUCCAGAUCCCAGCCGCCCUUUAGCUUGGUUUAAAUCUCAGCUCGGAUUUCUACACAAGGAGGUCAGAGGCACCUAUCCUCUUGCUCUAGGCUGCGAUGGGAUGCCCAGUCUAGUUUCUAUGUGAUGGUGGGAAUUGACCUUUCAGAGGAGGUACCUAAAAGUACCUGCUACCUCAGGCGAGAGCACCUCAAUCCCCAGGACUGGCAACAAACAUUUCAGGCUUGGUUCCAGCCCUGGGAUGUUCCCCUCUCUGGUCAUGCCUAGGUCCAGAGGAUAAUGGCAGGGGAGGUGCCUGUGUGCUACACCCUGGCCUGUCUCUCUCUCUCUCUUUCUGCUAUACUCUGUGCGAUAAUAAAGUUAUCUGCUCACCGA